AUGGCUUCUGCUAAUGGUAGACGUACACCGAUUUUAUCAAAAUAUAAAGUAGCCGGUCUUGGUUGCAAUUUUAGCGGUCACAGGUACUGCGUGGACGCCACCGAGGAGUCUCCACGUCUGGGACGACUGAUCAACCACAGCCGACUUCAUCCCAACUGCUACGUCAAAGUCAUCCCUAUCGACCAACAACCACGCUUGGCCCUCUUCGCCAAAACUGACAUCCCUCCC